GGCUGUUUGACAAAAUGCCAGUGAAAUAUGUUCACUGAAGUCAUGAGGUGGUGGCUGAGAUGUGUCUCAAUCUUAGGGAUAUUUCCCUUGAUCACAAACUGUUUCCAGACUCAGUACAAUGGGGAUCAGAUUCUCCAGCUCAUCCCUGCGGAUUCCAACCAUGUGGAGUUCCUGAAACAACUAGCGGAGGAAGGGCAGGUUGAUUUAUGGAGGCCUCAAUCAUCAGAGGGAAUUUAUCCUGGGGUUGAAGUUGAUGUUCGGAUCCCAGCAUCAGCAGUUGGCGAAGUUCGAAGUGAACUGAAGAAAAGGGCCCUUCAACACAAGGUUUUAGCAGAAAAUAUUCAAGACCUUCUGGAUGGUCAGUUUCGGAGUAACAACAAGCUACCGCGCAGCAUCAGAGGACACAGUUACACCAAGUAUCAUCCAAUGGCAGAGAUUUAUUCCUGGAUGGAGCAAAUAAAGGAAAAUUACAAACACUUGGUAUCAAAGCACCUGCUGGGUUCCACUUACCAGAACCGGCCCAUGUAUUACCUGAAGAUCAGUAGACAAUCCGACAAGCCGAAAAAGAUUAUCUGGAUGGAUUGUGGAAUUCAUGCAAGGGAAUGGAUUGCUCCUGCAUUCUGCCAGUGGUUUGUGAAGGAGGUAUUAGAAACCUACACUGCAGACCCGAAGACAGAUCGCUUCUUCGAGAACAUUGACUUCUACGUCCUGCCAGUUCUAAACAUUGAUGGCUACAUUUACUCCUGGACAAAGGAGCGCCUGUGGAGAAAAUCGAUGUCUCCGUGCUUCAACACCACCUGUUUUGGAACUGAUCUCAACAGGAACUUUGAUGCACAAUGGUGCAGCAUCGGGGCUUCAAGGAACUGCUGUUCAAACAUCUAUUGUGGUUCGGCCCCCGAGUCGGAACCUGAGACCCGUGCAGUUGCUGAUUUUCUCCGUCGCCACAGGUCCGACAUCCUGUGCUUUCUGACCAUUCAUUCCUACAGUCAGCUGAUCCUGACCCCGUACGGAUACACAAACUCAACAGUCAGCAACCACGAGGAAAUGAUGCGAGUUGGACGAAAGGCAGCCACUGCUUUGAUGCAGGUGCAUGGGACCAAGUACAAAGUGGGACCUUCCUCAUGGAUUCUCUAUUACUCAUCCGGUUCCUCACGAGACUGGGCAGCCGAUCUUGGAUUCAAGUUUUCCUACACGUUUGAGCUCCGAGACAAUGGAACGUAUAAAUUCCUACUCCCAGAGGAUCAGAUCCAGCCCUGCUGUGAGGAAACAAUGGCAGCGGUGACAACCAUCAUUGAGCACACCCAUGAGAAACAUUUCCAGAACUCCACUCCAGGCGUUGUAGCCCUGUGGUUGUAUGUGUUGUCUUCUUGUUUAUUAAAUGUUUAUUUUAUUAAUUUGUCAUAACAGGAAAAUGAGAGAUAACUGUCAGGUUUGAUGUAGAAUUGUAGAAUCAUUCAUUCACAUGCUGAGUCAUCAUUAAUUUGCAAGUCCUUAAUAGCCCAUGAGAAGGUAGUUGUGAGCUGGUUUCUUUAUCCAUUGCAGUCCUUGAGGAGUGGCAAACCCACAAUAUUGUAAGGGAGUUCCAAGAUUAUGACCAGGUGACAUAAAUAUAAAGUCUGGGUGCAGUGUAACUUGGAGGGCAACUUCCAGCUGGUGGUAUUUCCAUGCAUUUGCUCUUCUGCUGGUGGGCACUGAAGGUGCUCUCUCAGCCGUCCAUUUGCAACAAGUGCCAAUUAGUCUACUGUGUUUGUGCUAGAUGAAAGAGUGCUAUCUUUCCCAAUCCCACCAUCCAGCACAAUGUUGACGCCCCUGCAGACCAUAGCUCUUCAAGCACAUGUCCAAGUACUGUUUAAUGGGAUGGGAUAAAAGAAGCCAAUGAUUAAUAUUAAUAUAAUAUCAAGGGGGGUGGUUAGUGUGUGUGUGCGCCUCCGCAGGUGCCCCUCCCACACACAACCGCGCGUUGAGGGGAUGGAACCCAACGGGUCCCACUUGUUCUAGUUAUCUUUAAAUUCACAUCUUCUAGUUUUUGAUCCUUCUAAUAGGUUGUUCCCAUUUAAUUUGUAACAUAAUUUUACACACUUCAAUUAAUGGCCUUCACCUCCUGUUACAAAGAAGUAACCUUGGCUCUUCCAACCUUUCCCUUAGCCUUGUUUCCAUUCCUGGUAACAUCCUCAAGAAUUGCUGUAUCCCAUACAGAGCAUUGCACAUUUUCUGUGUAAUCAAAAUGUCGCCACUCUUGGGGAUCAUCAAAAAGUAAAAGUGGGCCACAUAAAUCCUAUAAAGCAUUCAGGAGAAUCACACCCCCACAGAAUUGAGGUGGAAUUUGCUUUCAUAUCCUGCUGAUGAGAGGAAUGAGAGAUGCAACUGAGGGAGAAUGAAAUAUUACCAUAAGUGGAAGAAAUGUUAUCACGAGAGGAGAGAAAGGAUUAGGUAGUAAACAAAUCUGGCCUAAAGCAGUUAGAAUAUUAGGCCUGUUGCAAAUUUGUAUGUUUAUUAUUAAAGAACUCAUGUUCAUCGAAACAACACAAUUCUGAUGAAUUCCUGACCGUUGAAUCCACCUCUUCGUGGCCCCUUGCAGUGUAUGCUUAUCUGCAUUUUCUCUGAAGCUGUAGCACAAUAUUUUGCAGUCGUUUUCCUUCCUCAGUUGCGCUCACUAUCUGUUGUACUCAUGCAGGGCAUGAUUUGCCUUGAUAGCAUGCAAAACAAAGUUUUUCACUGUAUCUUAGUACAUGUGACAAUAAUAAUAAACCAAGCAAACCUGCACCAAU